AAAGUACCGUAUCCGUAUACGUGUCUUACGGCAUUACUGGCCAAAGUUGAACCGAACCUUGGCAGCUGCUUCCGACUUGCCUAGACGAAGGUAGACGUCGAAGUCAGAGCAGUUCUAUAGUAGAGAGCCGAACUUCACAAGCUCCCGGCCCUCGGUUUCGGAUGCUGACUAUAAAGCAGCAAGCAAGCCAGCAUUUCAAUCCAAGCCACUUGUCUGAACUUGCCAACCAAAGAGCUACCAGCUCGCACUUGCUUCAGCUCAAUCCUAGCCCCCAGACCGUCUUACCACUUCGCAUCACGGAAAUCCAAGCAGCCCAAAAAGCGACCUCCUACUUGCCUUCUCGUUCCCAGCCCCCAAACCGUCUUACCGCUUUGCAACCACUGUCGGAACAUUCAAGCAGCCCAACGCCCCCAAGCAUCAACCCCCCCUAACUUCCUGUGCGCCCAAUCAACAUGGGCACCCGCGGCGGCCAGCACUCAGUGACUUUGGCGACGCUCCUCCUGCUGUGUUUCCUCGGGGGAUCCCUCAAGCUCACCGCCGCUCAGCAGGCCCCCGGCCCCGCGCCCGCCUCCGGGCCCACCCCGGGGGGAUCCCCCCAGCUCACCGCCGCUCAGCCUCCCCCCCCCACGCCCACCUCCACGCCCACCCCCCCCUCCGUAUACCUGGACCCCGAGGGUGUCUGCCCCGACGGCCCCGACGCGUGCUUCGCGCGCUUCAACGCGAGCUUCCCGAGGGCGUUCAACGGCAGCUCGGAGGUCGCGUACCGGAAGGGCGUCUUCUACGCAAACGUCCAGCUGAUCGACGCCCGCAACCGCGAGAACCGCUCAUACACGCUCGCAGUCAACGAGUUUGCGGACUUGACGCACGAGGAGUUUAUCGCGAGCUACACGGGGGCGGUUCCCCCCAGCGACGGAAGCGAUGGGUCCGGCAGGCGGCUUUUGAGGGAGAAGAGGGGUUUUGCGGGUGCGGCGCGGCGCUCGUUGCUCAACCUCCCGUCCUCCGUUGACUGGCGCACGACUGGGAAGCUGCAACCAGUCCUAAGCCAGACCUGCGGGACCUGCUGGGCGCAUGCCGCUACCGCCGUACUUGAGACGACGUUCAACAUCGCGACGGGGCAGUAUGUCAAGGGCUCUGAGGAGGAGAUGAUUGACUGCUUCCCUGAAGAAGCGGGAACAAGCUGCUCCGGGGGCGGGUGGCCUGGAAAUGCGAUGGAUUGGGUCAAGGCGAACGGCCAAACGACGGCGGCAAAGUACCCUGCCGUCUUUCACGCCGAGAAAUCCAUCAACCCGGCCUGCGACGCAGCAAAGAGCGCCAGCGAUGACAUCACGGUCGACUACGUGUACCACCUGUCGCAGCCCUCGGAGGACGUCAUCAAAGAGCAGCUCGUCAACGCCCCUGUCGUCGUCCUCUUCGCAGUCGGAGACGACUUCCAGUUCUACUCAAAGGGCGUCUUCGACGGGCCGUGCGAUACGACCGUGGUUAUCAACCACGCGAUGGCCGCCGUUGGAUACGGUUCCGAGAACGGCGACGACUUCUGGAUCGUGCGCAACUCGUGGGGCGCCACGUGGGGCGAGGCGGGGUACGUGCGCAUCAAGAGGGGGGUGGACCAGCCGUACGGCCUGUGCAACAUCCAGUACCAGAUCGACUGGGCGACCAAAAAGGCUCAAGGCUACUGCCAGCGCAACAACCCCUGCCAGAACAACGGACAGUGCAUCGACGGGGGAUCAGCUACCUCCUUCCAGUGCAACUGCGUGACUCCUUACGAGGGGACGUACUGCGAGAGAAUGCAGACUCCAGACUGCUUCUCCGCUAGCGAGUGCGACUUCUACUUUGAAGGAUACCAGAGCUAUGUUCCAACCCUGUAUCUGGGCCCUGGAACCGGGGACAACAGCAUUAGCCCAGCUAUCAUCAAUUCCAAGGACGGCGGCCAGCACGUCAACGUGAUCAACACGAACCAGGGCUACGGCGCGUACCCCCCCAUUCCGAACGACAACCAGAACCAGUUCUACGGGGGGGGCAACUUCGUGCGCGAUCGCACCUUUAACAACCCCCAGAACGUGAACGACUUCCGCGGCAAGUGCAUCAAGCUCCGCCUGUCCAGCGUACAGCUGUCGGACGGAAACAACCUCAACCCCAACGACGGGAACGGGCAGUACCCGGAGGAGCGCCGUUGCGUUGCUUUCAGAACCGCUUAGGGAAUUGGGCGGUGGACGUGAGAAAUUGGUGUGUGAAUUGUAGAGUUCCCGCCGCAUUUGAAGCGGCUUAACUUAUAUUGGUGGUUUUGAGAGAUUUGACUAUUGACAGCGGUGUGUGUGUCGGAUGUUGUCUCCGUUUCGAAAGGAAACGGGGCCUAGGUUGCAGGAUAGCGAUCUGAUUUUGUUCGAUAGAACAUUGACAUUGCCUUGUAUGAUGGGAAAAGAGGUCCGGUUUGUGUAAUCCCUCGUAGGAUGGACAUCUAGGACGCAAUAAACGUAAUGUCGCCUGGAAAGUGAAUAACGUGCUAAUGGUCCAAUCUAGGUACGUUUACGAGUCAUAGAAUGGAGAAUCUAGGAACUUCGCAACAACAUUUCACACUGGAAGUAGCCCUGGUACUAUGUAGCUGAUACGUUUUUAAUCAUAUAUUUAGAUCAUAUUUUCGUACGGUAUGAUCGAAAAGAUUGACCAAGAAAAGGUUGACCAUCAACCAAGUGGCAGUAAGUUUGGGAAAGGAGGCACAAUUUGAACUAGAAUCAGAAUAGCCGCAUGAGGGAACAUAAGCAUUGAUAUAUAUGCUGGAUUUGAUUUACUGCUGGACGAGCUUUUCAAUUUAACAUUGUAUUAACAUACAAGUUUUCCGAACGUUGUUUUGAGCGGAG